AUGCGUUGUUUCAGUGACCCUGUUGCCGAGGCCGGUGAGAGUGUCCAACAGGUGCUCGACCCUGUACCGUCAUUCACACUUGAGUGCCGUGUCUGGGGCAGGCAGAGUGGGAUCGGAAUUGCCGAGUCCGUCGGGUCAGUUGGCCGGUCCGCCUGGGCGCGAGAGACACGAAGGUUACAAGUGGGCGAAGAGGAAGAGGAGCGUCUGUCGGCGACGGUACCGGCCUAUCAGGGCGAGGAUGAGGGCUGGCCGAGCAGGCAAAUCAGGCGAACAGGGUAUGGGGUAGGCUUGGAGGGGGAGAGGAGAUCACGGUUACCAGUUGCAGUGAGACCCAGCUGUCGUGGCGACAGAGGCCUUGGUAAUGACAGGCGCUGCCAGCCGCUAAGGGACGGAUUCACAAGAGCUGUCGACGCUUCAAGUGGCUUGCCAUCCGGCUCCAAGGUUCUCCAGAUGUCUUCGCUCCACUGCAUGGCCUGCAUCCCUUGGGUCGGACACGAAUGGCAUCAUUCUCACGGGUGGUGA